AUGACCCGAGACUCAUCCGAGUCGACCAAGUCGCCCUUGCUUUCCGACAAGAAGCGAUUCUUCAAACCUGCCUCGUAUGCGCGAGAUGGAAGCACCCCACUCCCUCAGAUAGUCGCCCAUCGCGGCUACAAGAAACUAUACCCGGAGAACUCGCUGGCAGCCUUCAAGGGCGCCCUAGAGGCUGGAAGUCAUGGGAUAGAGACUGAUCUGCAGUUGACCCAAGACGGGGUUGUCAUUAUUGCACAUGACCCCUCACUCAAACGAUGCUUUGGCAUCGACAAGUUUAUCGCCGACUGCAACUGGGACUAUCUCAGCACGCUGCGUACAACACAAGCACCACACGAGAAACUGCUACAACUGAGCGAUCUACUCGAAUACCUCGCCUCGCCGAGCGCGGAGCAUGCAUGGGUACUUCUUGAUAUCAAGCGAAACAACGAGCCGAGAACUAUAGUUGGGAAAAUCGCAGAGGCUAUCAAGAUUGGACCUUCUUCGUCUCGGCCAUGGAGUGAACGGAUAGUGUUGGGAUGCUGGAGUCCCCAAUACUUCCCCCCCUGUGAAGAAUAUCUCCCCGACUUCCCUACAGCACUCAUCUGCGCCAGCGUGUUUAGCCCACGCCGCAUUCUCAACUCCGCACGUGGAGCCGGCCACGACAGCAACAAAAACAACAAAAACAACAACAACGUCUCCUCAUUCAACACCCUUAUCCAAGCCCUACAGGGUCCAACACUAGGCUACGACCUCAUCAGCGACUCCCACGCCAACAACCGCCUGGUUUUCGCCUGGACGGUUAACAAACCCAAGGACAUGCGCUGGGCUAUCCGCCACCGUGUCGACGCCGUGCUCACCGACGACCCAGCCCAGUUCCAACAGAUUUGCGAGUCGUGGGAUGCCGCCGAGGACCGCAAGAGGAAGGAAGAGGAUCGGUUUACUGUGGCUGAGCAUGCGCAGUUGGUUUUGAUUGCGGUUUUUGUUGCCCUGUUUGGCUGGAUGCUCAAAUAUCGGGCUCCGCGGACGACGACGACGCGUCGGCUGCAGAAGGGUCAGCGACGACUUGCGGUGGUGGAUGAGAAUCCGGAGCAUGUGCUUAUGCCAGGACCGUCUGAAUUAUAA